AGAAUAAAGGACAGAGGAAAGUGUUUCUCCCCAACAAGCUGCUCGAUUGUCUCCCUCGCUCGUCCACGCUGACUAACGAGCGCCUACGCUGGAACACUAACGAGGAGAUCGCUUCUUACCUGAUUUCAUUUGACAGACAUGACGAGUGGCUCUCCUGCAGCCUGAAAACCAGGCCGAAGAAUGGCAGCAUCAUCCUGUACAACAGGAAGAAGGUGAAGUACAGGAAGGAUGGAUACUGCUGGAAGAAAAGGAAGGAUGGAAAGACGACAAGAGAGGACCACAUGAAGCUCAAGGUCCAGGGCAUGGAGUGCCUUUAUGGUUGCUACGUCCAUUCCUCCAUCGUACCGACAUUCCACAGACGAUGCUACUGGCUGCUGCAGAACCCAGACAUUGUGCUGGUCCACUACCUGAAUGUGCCCUCCCUGGAGGAUUCUGGGAAGUGCAGUCCACUGCUGUGUGCAGUGGCCGACCGCCAUGACAGCGUGAGGUGGAGCCGAGAUGAUCUACUGAACCAGCUGAAGCCCAUGUUUCACAGUAUGAAGUGUUCUCUGGGCUCAGGUGAUUUCAGCAUCGAGGAGUUGGUUCAACACAUCCUGGACCGACAGAGAACCAAACCCCAGCCUCGCACACACACCUGUCUGUGUAACACGGCCCAAGUGUCUCCAGGAGUGAACAUUCCUCACCGCUGUAACAGCACCAAGCAUCGCAUCAUCUCCCCCAAACUGCCCCCCUUCUCCUGCAGACCCUCCCCCUCCCCCCUCUGCUCUGAGGGGGGGGAGGCAGGAGGGGGAGGAGAAGCCAAGCUGCCUCACAUCCAGGCUCAGAGCAGCCCCGCCUCUUCUCCCUGCCCCGCCUCCACCUCGGCCUCGUCGCCCCCUCAGCCCCACAGAGCCACCAUCACCAUGAACAACCAUGGCAACAGCUUCUACGGCGACCGGAGCAGCAACCUGACGACAGUGGCGCUGCCCCAGAAUGCUGUCAUUGUCAUGGCAACAACCACCGCCAUUGCUGGAGGAGGAGGGGGGCAGGGAGGGGGUGGGGCCAGAGGGGACGAAGCAGGACAAAGGAGGAGCCUUUCACUCACCCGUUCGGGCCAGUUGCUGCUCUCCCCCACCCUCCCCCCUUCUGCAGACAUGCCCACCUGCCCCUCCCCGACCUCCUCAUGCUCACCCACUCCCUCCUCCCUCCCCCCUCCUGAUGUACAAGCGCCGGGUGUCACCACCCUCUCUCUCACCCUCCUCCCGUCUCCUGUCAUCGGAGGCCUGCUCCUCAGCCCCUCCUCCUCCUCUACUUCACUUCGCUCCCCUCCCCCUCCUGCUGACACCACUCCUCAUUCUCCCCCCUCCUCCCCUUCACCACCUCCACCUCCCCCAUCCCUCCCCCCCACCUUCGACCCUGACUACUUCCUAAACUCCCCCAAACAGGGUCAGACGUAUGGUGGCCCUCCUCACCCCUCCUCCUCCACUCCCUCCCCUGUCCUCUGCUCCUCCUCCUCCUGCCCUCUCUCUCCCCCCUCCCUGGCUCUCUCCCCCACCUCCACCCCUCCCUCCUCCGUCUCCCCUCCCUCCUCGCUCUCCUCUCUCUCCUUCUCCUCCUCUGAGGUGGACAAGCGAGACUCGAUCCUCACCCUCCCCUCCCUUUCGUCUUCAUCUUCCUCUCCACCUUCGUCCUCCCUCCCCCCCUCCCUGUCUCCCACCCCCUCUGUGGCCCCGCCCCUCCUCCACCUCUGCCUGGAGCUUGAUGCUCUGGGGCAGUUUGAGGGAGAGAGGGGGGAGGAGGUGGGGUGCGAUGAAGAGGAGGUGAAGAACAGUGGAGAGGACGAUGACGAUGAUGAAGGCAGAGCUCCUCCCACCAAACUGGCGCUGCUGCAGCCUAACCACGCCUCCUCCGGCUCGUUGCUACAGCAACAGACAGGAAGUAGCGCUGCGUCACUGCUCCUGAUUUGUCAAGACUCAGCAGCACCUCUUACCCAGACAGCCAAUCAGACGCACAGACAAGCUAAUGGACAGCAUUCAUUGGUUCUGAGACGGCCCUACAAUCACCAGUCGGCAACUGAAGCCCCGGCCCUGGCUCAGAUAUCCCAUCAGCCCCUGGUGCUGCAGCAGUCGUCACUGUUUGCUAAGGCGGUGUCUUCACCGGCUGCUGUCGCCAUGGUUCCAGCUCACCUGGCGACUGCUCAGAUUCAGGUGAAGGAGGAGAGCAGGCGGGGCUACGACGCAGAGGAUGCCUGCAUGGACACACCCGUGGAGGAGGAGGCCGGACCCUGCGAACAGGCAGGGGAGGAGCUUGACAUCUCCUUCGACAGCCAGUUUCCUGACCUAAUCUCGGACCUCAUCACAGAGGAGGCCAAUCCCGUCACAGCUCACCCCUCCACCGCUGUCACGUCAAACCCAGCUGUGUUCGCUGCAGGGGUUCGAUACAUGGUGCCCCCCCAGCCCUCCCCCUCCUCCUCCUUCCUCCCCUUCCCUCAACCGCUGCCCUCCCCCUCCUCCACCCGCCUUGCCUCCAUCACCGACUUCUCCCCAGAGUGGUCUUACCCCGAGGGGGGGGUGAAGGUGUUGAUAACGGGUCCGUGGAGCGAACUGUUGGGUCGAUACUCAUGUGUUUUUGAUCAGAGCACCGUCCCUGCAUCACUGAUUCAACCUGGAGUACUGCGCUGCUACUGCCCGGCCCACGAGGCUGGUUUGGUCUGUCUGCAGGUUCUGGAGUCUGGGGGUUCCAUUUCUUCGUCUGUUCUGUUCGAGUACCGAGCGAGGAACGCCAGCUCCCUGCCCAGCUCGCAGCUCGACUGGCUCUCAUUGGACGAUAAUCAGUUCAGGAUGUCCAUCCUGGAGCGUCUGGAGCAGAUGGAGCGUAGGAUGGCAGAGAUGGCCGCCCGUGACAACAACAACAACCACCAACAACAACAACAACAACAGCACAGCAACCAGCUGGCAACACCCCCCCCACCACCCCUACCUGAGGAACAGGAACAGUCCUCUCAGUGGUUUGAGAGGAGGAUUGUGGGAGUUUGUGAACGAAUGAUGAGGGUAGGACGAUGGGGAGGAAGAGGAGGAGGAGAGAGGCUUCAUCACUCCAUCCGUCACCGCGGGAUGACACUGCUCCACCUGGCUGCUGCACAGGGAUACACACACCUGAUACGCACUCUGAUCCGCUGGAGGAGCGUGAACAGCGACAGUUUGGACUUGGAACAGGAAGUUGAUCCUCUCAACGUCGACCACUUCUCCUGCACCCCGCUGAUGUGGGCGUGUGCUCUGGGUCACCAGAGGGCAGCGGAGCUCCUCUACAGCUGGAACAUUCUGGCUCUGGGGAUCCCCGAUUCGCUGGGACGUCUGCCACUCGCUGUCGCUCGCUCCCGAGGACACACCCGACUCGCCAUGGCACUGGAGGAGCUGCACACACAGUGCACACGCUCUCACACCACACCCAGGGACACGCACAUGUCUGAAGUGGACACACCGGCCACGCCACAGCUGCCCCUGUCGCCUCUGUCCACGAGCCCAGACACAGGUCUGAGCUCGUCCAGCAGCCUCCCCUCUCCCAGUGACCCCUCGUCCACUUCCCCGAGCUCCGCCUACUCGAGUGGCCCUGCCCCCAUGGAUACCUCCCCGUCCUCCCCUUCUUCUCCUUCCUCGCCCUCUUCCUCUCUGCCUGUCUCCCCUCCCUCUGCCCCCUCCCCCCUGCUGUCCUCACUUCCACCCGUGUCCAUGUGGGGAGAAGAGCCCAACGUUGGAUUCAGCCCAGGUCUGAACCCCAGAGGCUCCAGAGACUCUCCUCUUUACCAAAUGGACUAUGAGAGCACCUCCCCCGGCCACACGCACAUUUACACUCAUACGGGCGGGCGGCGGGCGCACACUGCGUCGAGGCUGGAGAAGCACCUGUUGAGCUACAGCGAGAAUGCCGAGAACGAAGGCGAGGAGGACGAGUACCUGGAGGAGGAGGUGCUGCAG